UUUUCUCUCCCCUUCUCUGGGCCUUAGCUUUACCGAUACCGGCUGUGACACCCAGGCCUUGUGAAGUUGGAUCAAUACGCCAAAUGGCGUUCGAAAACACGAUUUGGGAUGGUCGUCUUAUCAUGGAAAAACCAACUCCGUCAGUACUAAGGCCAUGCCUGCUCUUUUCCCUAAUGAAUCAGGCUCUACCCAUUAUAGGCCUCCACAACUGUCUACCCACCAUCAAAGCUCCGACCAUUUCCUUACCCACAAGUACGCUCAGUUCCUCAAAAAAAAAACGCCUAGUAAUCGUCGUUGGAACAUUGGUAUUGGGGGCAAAUUGUCUACGCAUCUUGGUAUUAUGAGCUUCUUACUCUCGAUAACUUUAAGCCGUUGUUGGGAAUCAGCUUGUUAUUUUCAUCGGUGGGGUGUGCAAAUCGGGGCUGUAGGAUGUGUAAAACGGUGUUGGAACGGGGGCUGCAGAUGGGUCGCACGAUGCUGGAUAUCACAUUGGGCAUUUCUCUUGCCGUUGUUCCUCUUCAACUCUGAAUUUUGGAGCGUAGAGCAAGUCAUCCAUCACUCAUGGUCUUCAGCUCAAGCUUCUAGCGUACCAAACGGCUCUGGUUCUAAAAAUCUGGGUACCUUGAUCCUCUCGCCUUGUCUGGAUCUCGGUGUUCCUACUGUUUUCUCCGGAUGGUCAAGACAUCGAGGAGGAGAUUAUUUCUUCGACGUCAAGCCAUUCUACUACCGCCGCCCGGUUUGUCUUGGCCUAUGCAGUGUAUGUUUCAAUGGAAUUGUACCUUCAUUGGCUAUCCCAAUGUCUCCGAAUGCGCUAUCAACCCCAACUCACCUGCGACUGCUGUUCACGAAUAAGAAGGAUCUCUAUUCUGUUCUGUUGACAUGGGUCAUCGCUGCCAUAUUCGUUGCAUCUGUCGUCAUAAGUGCAAUCCACUAUCCUCGAUUAUGUCUCUUAGGGUCAGCGACUGUCGCUCAUGGCAUCCUUAACAUUUUUUACGGAUAUCACGGUGGCCGCAAUGCUAUGUCAUACAGCGAAACAGCGCUUCAUCUAACAGUUUUCAAAAGGUGCCGUAGUUGGUUGCGGAGUGUAUUUAUUCGCGGUAUGAGCAGAUUCAGGUGUCUUACCUACCUCGAUGUACUAGACCGGGAGCAAGCAUGGUAGGUGGUUAUAACAUGGAAUCGGUUGCAGGUAUAUGUGGGCCGUCAAUGGUUACAGAUCGGGUGGCUAAUUCCCGGAUACGGCAAAGUUGACAGUGAUGAU